GCUCCACCCUAAUCCCAGCAUGCACCGCGGAGUGGGUCCGGCCAUUCAGAUGGUGAGGAAGAUGGCAGGCUCCGGGGCGGAGCCGCAGAUCCUCGUACAGUACUUAGUGUUACGAAAGGAUCUAUCUCAGGCUCCUUUCUCCUGGCCCACGGGCGCACUGGUAGCGCAGGCUUGUCACGCCGCCACCGCAGCCUUGCACCUUCACCGAGAACAUCCGCAUACGGUAGCUUAUCUCCGGGAGCUGGGGCGCAUGCGCAAGGUGGUUCUCGAGGCUGCCAAUGAGACCACCUUGAAGGAGCUGGCAGAGACUCUGCAGCAGCAGAACAUCGACCACAUGCUAUGGCUUGAGCAGCCAGAGAACAUCGCCACCUGCAUCGCCCUCAGGCCGUACCCCAAGGAAGAAGUGAGCCAGCAUUUGAAGAAGUUUCGAUUGUUCAAGUGACUGCAUUCUGGCAGAAUUGGAUGUCAAAUGCCCUCCAUCCUGAAGCAUUGUGGACUUCUUUCAGUUAAUGUGCUCCUCCCUUCCAGUUAUGAUGGUUUAAGAGCCAGCACAGGCUCAAAUUAAAGCCAUCGUUAGCGAGUACUUUCUAUUGUCAUUAUUAUUGUCACCAGAUUCAAGCGAGGGAAGCUGGUAAGCAGCGAUGUCGUCUGCGGGUCAUUACUCAAGCAGAAGAUUUUUUUUUGGUUAGGAGUAUUAGACUUCUAAUCACUCAGGUUUAAGUGUUGCCUUUGAGUUCUUUACCUAUCCCAUCCCCUCCUGCUUCCCAUCACUGCCUUCCAGCCUCUAGUGCAGUAAUAGACACUUCCUAUUCUUCCCCUCUUUGCUGCCUCAUGAAUUCAGUUAAACACUGUCACCAUCACAGCCAAAAAUUGUUCCCUUCUCCAAACAUGUAUACACAUAGUACACUGUUCAAAAUAUUUCUGUUAACAUGUACACGACAAUAGAAAUUAAUUGAGCGUUUGGGAAGUCGAGUUUAUAUGAUGUAAUCUGUUCAGUAGAUACCUCUUACGUGAGAGAGAAAAACCAGGAGUGGUGGCUCACGCUUGUAAUCCCUGCACUUGGGAGGCUGGGGCA